AUGAUCAUGCGUUCAAGUAGCCUGUUUACAAAUCCAUACGCAAUUGAAGUCCUAACGACUAAAAAACAAGAGCUAGUAGAAGGCAUAAACGACCCAGACCAUCUUCUGAACUGGUUGAUAGACAAUGUCGCUAAAGGCUAUCUUUCCGAGUUAGAGAAAACACUGAAAGACAAUGAUAUUAAUGCACUAAACUCUUCAAGUGAAACACUUCUGCAUGUUGCAGCCACUAAUGGACAUCUAGCCAUAAUGGAAUAUUUGAUCAGCAAAGGUGCAAAGAUAGAUGUGAAGGACAAGAAAGGAAGAACACCACUGCACAGGGCAGCUGAGAAAGGCCAUGAUGAUGCACUGAAAGCGCUUCUCCGAUGCGGUGCUUAUAUGUACAGUUUGGAUACGGAAGACAAGACACCACUUCAUUUGGCUGCACAGAAUAACCACAGUCACAUAUUGAAGAUGCUCCUGAAAAAAGAGGCAAGAAGCUACAGGAACCAGCACAACUUUUUGCACAUGGCAGCUCUUAAAGAUGAGAGCAGUCUAGCAAAAAUGCUUUUAAAGGCUGGCGCCUCCAUUGACGGAAAGGAUGAAAGAGGACACACUGCUCUCAGUUAUGCUGUUUCUCAGGGGUCUCAAAAUACUGCAAAAGUACUGCUAGAAGCCGGAGCCAGUGUUGAUUCCAACAUGGCCAAAAGAGCUUUCAACAGCAACCACCCAUCCAUCUUCAAAACACUACUAGAAUAUUCUAAAGAUUUGUCAUCGGACAUAAUGGAGUCCGCUCUUUUUAGAGCUGUGCAGAAAAAUUUGUGUGGUACUGUAGCAGCUUUAAUUGACAGAGGUACAGAUAUAAACGCCUACAAUGAAAUGCAGUACACUCCUUUACUCCUGGCAUGUGAAACGGGCAAAGCUGAAUCAGCAGAAGUUCUAAUAGAAAAGGGAGCAAACUUUGGAAUAAAGACUCCUACUUCAGACACCGCUUUGCACUUGGCAGUUCAAGCUGGGGCUGCUUCCAUCGCAAAUCUGCUUCUGCGCAAAGGGAUGGAAGCUAACCUUAUGAACCAAGCCGAUGAAACCCCGCUCCAUGUUGCUGCACUUCAUAAUAAAGGAGCAUUAGUUGGCCUUUUAGUUAAUGCUGGAGCCAAAAUUAAUGCUGUCACUAAAGAGUUUGUUACUCCCCUGCAUAUUGCAACUCAAAGAGGUAACACUGAGGUUGCCCAGCAGCUGCUGCUCCACAAAGCCAAUGUUAAUGUUAAGGAUAAGCAGUCAAAAUCCCCUUUACAUUUUGCUGCUGAAAGCGGAGACAAAGCAAUGGUAGAGAUGCUUCUGAAUGCUAAUGCUGACCCCAAUGCACAAGACAAGGAGAAAAAGACUCCCCUGCACACUGCAGUUGUGAGAGGACAUCUCAGUAUCGUGAAGGUUCUGUUAGCUAAAAAGGGAAGAUUUGGAGCUAAGGACAUGGAUGGAUGUACUCCGAUGCACUAUGCAGCCAUCAAAGGAAACACAGAGAUUGACGCUAUUAUGUACUACACUGACAUUCAAUAUUGA